AGUCUGUGAGUUGGGGAAUCCUGAUUUCAUCUCAGGUCUGCUUUUCAUCCCAGAGAUAUGUACAAUUUAAACAAAAGAUUACAAUGACCCCACUGGCCUUCCUGCUGUUUCUCACUGUGGCCACCAGAGCAUGGAGUAAAGAGGAGGCCAAUACAUCUGGUGAGGAGUGGACCUGUUCUUCUUGGUCUCCAUCUCAGUUCAGAAGCUGCAAGGAAAUCAAAGCAAAGUGCCCCAGUGCACAUGACGGCCUGUAUUUCUUGCGCACCAAGAAUGGUGUUGUCUACCAGACCUUCUGUGACAUGACCACUGAGGGUGGUGGCUGGACCCUGGUGGCCAGUGUGCAUGAGAACAACAUGGCUGGAAAGUGCACAGUGGGUGAUCGCUGGUCCAGUCAGCAGGGCAGCAGAGCAGACUACCCAGAGGGGGACAACAACUGGGCCAAUUACAACACCUUUGGAUCUGCAGAGGCGGCCACAAGUGAUGACUACAAGAACCCUGGCUACUACGACAUCCAGGCCAACGACCUGGGCAUCUGGCAUGUGCCCAACAACUCCCCCAUGGAAUCCUGGAGGAACAGCUCUCUGCUGAGGUACCACACUGAAACUGGCUUCUUCCGGAGACAGGGACACAAUCUGUUUGGCCUCUACCAGAAAUAUCCAGUGAAAUAUGGAGCAGGAAAAUGUUGGACUGACAAUGGCCCAGCCAUCCCUGUGUUCUAUGAUUUUGGUGAUGCCCAGAAAACAGCAUCUUAUUACUCUCCUUAUGGACAGCCGGAAUUCACUGCAGGAUUUGUUCAGUUCAGGGUAUUUAAUAACGAGAGAGCAGCCAAUGCCUUGUGUGCUGGAAUGAGGGUUACCGGAUGUAACACUGAAUUUCACUGCAUCGGUGGAGGAGGAUUCUUCCCAGAGGGCAAUCCCAGGCAGUGCGGAGAUUUCUCUGCCUUUGACUGGAAUGGAUAUGGAGCUCAUGUUGCUUAUAGCAGCAGCCGGGAGAUAACGGAGGCAGCUGUGCUUCUGUUCUACUAUUGA